AUGGUACCAAAGAAUGGUAAUUUGAAGUCUUACGUCGACGACUCGAAGCUACUUUUGUCAUUUUCCGUCAAUGAAGUGAACUCAGCGGCUGCUAAGCUUAACGAAGAUCUACGGAGAGUCGUUUCUUUGUGUUCUCUAAAUAGUCUGCUCAUUAAUCCCAAUAAGACGAAAUUACUUGUGUUCGCAACUCGUUAUAUGUUGAAACAGAUACCGGCAGAUUUCCAUAUUUUACUAUUGGGGAAAAAACUGUUUCCUGUGACCUCUGCCACUGAUCUAGGCGUGACACUGGAUAGUGGUUUGACGUACGAUGAACACGUCACAAAACUGGUUUCCUCUUGUGUCG